UCAGUGCUAUCGAAUUAGCUAGCGUGUGCGCUAGUGGGCCGGUAUCCUCCCAUAUUCUCACCUGUUUAUGUAACACGAAUUUCGUCUAGUUGUUCGAGAAGAAAUUCGUUGAACAGAAACCACAUCUGCCGUGAUGCAGUACGGUUUCGAAGUCGCUGUAUUGAUGAGUUUAGUCGUAGUCAUCUACUCUUGCAGCAACAGCUUCGAUGUUCAUCUAUGCGAAUACUGUCCAUCAGUGCUCACAAACUCUACUAAAUCAGCGGAACAAAAUAGAUCAGUCGAGUUGAAAUGUUGUUAUAAUUAUACAAAACGGAAGUUAUACGACUGCGAAGCAACAUGCAGACCGAUUUCACUCGAUUGUUCGAAUUGUUCUUCAAGGGGCAAGCAAGUUGUUGUGAGAAGUUCAGAGCCACUGAGAUUUGAGAUGCCUUUGAGACAGAUCAGGCAAUUGUCAAACUUCAAUCAAUUUUUUAUGGGCAGUUGUACCACGUUUACUCUUUACUGUGUGCCACUUGGCAACAGCUCAUAUGCUUACAUCAAUUGGAAGUCUGAGAAAAAAUUGAACGUUGAUCGGUCGAAUAGGUUAAAACGUCAGGUUUCACAGAAAUCAAGACAUAAAGUUGCAUCUCAAGUUCAAGAUAAAAUGAUUACUUAUUCUAUGCCAGUUACACGAGCAACGGUCGGCACUAGUGUCACUCUGAAAUGCAAGAGUCGAAAUCACGUGGCCGUAAGAUGGAGUAAAAAUGGGACCCACAGUGUUUUGCGUUUAAAGUCGAGUACCGAUAAACGUGGAUCACAACUUUACAUAAACAAAGUAACACGUGCCGACAACGGAACAUACGAAUGUCUGUUUGUAUCUCCAAAGGGACCCUUUGUAUACAGAUACGUCGAACUGGUUGUAUUAGAUGAUGUGGCGGUGACGACUCACUCUACUCAAAAUUUCCGUCAGUCAACUCUCGUUGUAUCACGUGACCAAGGUCUCACUACAAGUACGAGUACAACAACUAGUCAACCGUCAGAGGCAGCUGCUCGAACAAAAAACGUUACAAGAUGGGCAUCUACACCUCAGUCUAGACUGACACAACAACAACCACCUUGUGAUUCUGACAAUACAGACAACAAACAAGGAGGCAAACGCACAUACUCCUAUGUAGACUGA